GCCUGAGGGGUGUCGCUUCAGUAAACCCCUAUGCGACAGGGGGUCUGGCCCUCCAGAGGUUGGGCUUUCCCUCCCCUGAGUGAUUCUCUGCUGCUGCCCACUUUGGAUCAUUUCUAGGGCCUUCUCCACCAAUUACCUGCAGACCCCCUGCCUUCUGUUCUUGUGUUCGGGUGAGGGCUUAUCCGCCAGGCCUGCGCUGGCCGCUCCUCCCUCCAUCUGUCACGCAGCGUCCCCCUUUGGGACGGGUUCUGGGCCCUGGGCAGAUCCCCCAGCCUGCUGGCCUCUCCCUGCGACCCACCACUGAUCCAAGCAUUGCCCGUCCCUGAGUUUAAAGAAACGGAAGGAUGAAAAGCUACCAUUUUGUCUCUUUAUAAUAUUGGUAUGAAAUUAGUACUGAACCUAGAACGACCUCAAAGUGAGUCAAGCAACACAAGAAACCCAGGCAGGCGGCCCUGAGAUAAAUGCCUCUGAGUCACCGUAGUGCAGGGGGGCCCAGGGUGGGGAGGACUCUCGGGCUGGCCUUGACACAUCCCGAGAGCGGCUGAGACGGGAAGACGACGUGAUGUCCAGGUGAGGCGGGGUCCAGGCAGGCAGGGAAGGGGCCGCCCUGAGGGAGAGGGUGACGUGGCAGAGAGAAGGGGGCCGGGGGAGCCCCGGGCUGGGCGAGAGAGUGACCCAUCACCGCCCUGCCCAGCUCAGCUGCCUGGCCAACCUGGCCACGCUGCACGGCCUCCAGGACGACUUUGAGCUCCACCCGCCGGACCUGCUGCUUUUCUACAAGGGGACACGGAGCUGCUGGCCAACCUGCCGGACCAGAGGGCCGCCCUGCAGCGUGUGGCCUUGGCCUGCCUGGGAGGACCCCGCUUGCGGCUCAGCGCCUCUGACCUGCUGCUCCUCGGGGUCCUGGUGUGCGACAUGGACGCGUCCAGCAUCGUGGCCGCGGACCCCCGUGUGCUGCAGAAUCUGCAGCGCUGCCAUCGGCUGACCGCCCCCCAGCAAGCCGCCCUCAACACGCUGCUGGCCAGUGGGGGGACCACGCUUGGGCCUCCGGGUUCCUGGAACCUAGAGGGGCUGCGGGCUCUGGGACCCCUGGCCACCUACAUCAGCUCCAGCCUGUGGAUGCAGGUGCAGCAGGUAGGGUGCUCUGGAGUGGGGGGUUGUCCAGCUGGCUGUGGACAAGGGGAGGGGCGUCCGGCCGGCCUUCCACCAGCCACUCCGCUGGGGACUGGUGUCCCCAGUCCCUCCCUGCCCCAGGGUUUCCAUCCGUGGGGCGGGAGGAGGAACCAGGGGCCCCUGCCAGCCCCUGGCCAGGGUAUGGAGUCUGUAUGCCCGCUCUGCCAGGCUGUGGGCCUGGACUUCUUCGGCAGCACGGUGGCCACAUACCGAGCUGGGCGGCUUAGUCAGCAGGACGCCAGGCGCUUCGUCACUGGCUUUCUGAAGGCCAAGGCUGAGUCGGUGUCCUCUCGGCCCAAGCGGGGCACAGCCACAGGGAGACCCUGCCUCCGCGGGGACAUCACGGCGGCCACGCUGCGCGACGACCUCUUUCUGGUGCACUAUGACUGCGUGCAGCUGGAGUCCUGCCUGGGGAGCCGCGUGCUCAAAGCCAACCUGGACCCCCUGCUGCAGCACCCGCUGCCGGCCGAGUGCCAGCGCGUCGUCAAGGCCAAGCUGGCUCGGGUCUACCCGCGCGGGGUCCCCGAGGAGCAGCUGCCGCUCAUCGCCUCGCUGGUCUACCUCUACUCCCGCUCCGAGAUCGGCCAGUGGAACGUCACGUCCAGAGACACCGUCGUGGCCCUGCUGGCCUCAGAUGUGGCCCUGGAGAACCAGACUGAGGCUGUGCUACAGAAGUACCUGGACCACAACGGCACCCUCACCGGCGCCCUGCUCGUGGCCAUCGGGGGCUCCCGCCUCUGCUGGAUGAGCGCCAGGCAGAUCCAGGCCAUCAGGCCCUCGGAGUUCCGAGCCGGAAAGACGUGCUCUACGCCAAGGCCCGCGAGGCCUUCGGCAGCACCAGGACCACGGCUGCCUAUUACCGCUUCAUGCGUCCUUACCUUGGUGAGACCCUGCCCUGUGUGCAGCAGCCCGUCCCCAGAAGCCCGCCGCCCCUCUCCCCUCACCACUGCCCGGCCCCCAGGAGGUGCCCCCGUGGAGGAGCUGCGGCAUCUGGUCCAGGCGAACGUCUCCAUGGACAUCGACACGUUCACCAAUCUGAACCCCCGUGUGCUGCAGAGCCUGAGUGUCGGCAAUGUGACGACACUGCUGGGCCAGAACGUGGGGGACCUACAGAAGGCACGGAGCCACCCGACCAUCAGCUCUUGGCUGCGCAGCCUCAACAGGUCGGCCCUUGGCGAGCUGGGCCUAGACACGGACCCUGCCGGCCUCAGCGGCCCAGGCCGCUCCACCACCGUCACCCCCAACACCGUGCCCCGGGGGUCCUACCCAGCCCCCACGUCAGGCCUCCCCAGGCACAGCGCCCCCGCCUCUGGCAGCCCACCAGCCCAUCUGGGGUACCUGCCACUCUCUGUGGCCCUGCCCUCUGGCCUCCUGUGGCUGCUGUACUGGGGCACCCCAGGGCUCAGCCAGGACUGCUCCUGGGACACCCGCACUAUGGCCUCUGAAGACGGCGCCGCCCCAGCACCACGAGCAGGGAAACGGGGGCUGGUAGCUGGGGUCCACCAUGUCCGGCAUUCUAGGGGCCCGCAGGGCUGGUCCCCACCCACAUCCAGCUCCCAGGACACGGAGCUGGAAUGAGGAUCUGGGCCCACCCCGAGGCCAGCCCUGAAGAGUUGACGGAGACGCUGUCCCAGCCCUCUGGUCUCCCUCAGAUGCUGCUGGGAGGGGGCAUCCCUGAGGGAUUCGAAUAAAAGACAAGGUGACCUUC